GUGGUGCACCCUCAUCAUCGUUUCAACCACAUGCCCGGAAGGCAGGCUGUGUUGGUGUCCGUGUUCGUCUGGCUGUUGGUGAUCGUCCCUCGGGUUCCAAUGCUGGCCUACAGCCACAUCAAGGGCAGUGGGCAGCUAACCCAGUGUCUGUUUUUCACCCCUUUUAAAAAGCCGUCCCCAGCCAUCCUCAUCCUGGUGCGAAUGCACCGUAUCCUGACUGUCCUGGAGUUCAUCUUCCCAUUUGGAAUGCUGCUCUUCUGCUCCAUCCGCAUUUCCACCGUCCUGAAGAAACGACGGUUUGGGAAACGGCUGAAAGAGCAAAGAGCCAUGCGAGUGUGCAUCGCCAUCGUCACGGUGUUCCUGGUGUGCUUUUUGCCGACCACCAUCACGACCCUGGGCAUGUGGGUCAUCCGCUCGUACCGGCCGUGGGACUGCUCGGCCUUCUACACCUUCACCCAGCUCACCAUUGUGUCUUUCGGGCUGAACUUCCUGAACUCGGCUCUGGACCCCAUCAUCUACGUCUUCUCCAGCUCCAUGUUCAGGAAGGCCCUGCUGGAGGCCCUGCCCCGUGCCCUGAGGUGUGGCCAGGAGGAGACGACGGGCAAGAACAUUUCAACAU